AGCCCAUCCCAUGCAAUGCCCAACAAACAACCUUCUGCAUUAGUCUGCCUUCACCUUCUUGUCAUCACCUGCGUCUGCUAUCACUUGCUUUUUGGAUAAACAAGAGUUCUCCGAGAGCUUAUCGCGGACAUCACAACAACCAUCCUUCUUUGCGCAUCCCCUCAUGGCCUUCGACCAUCCGGCUCCGACCUAAAAGGAUGCAAGCAAACUGCCUUAGAGGCAGUCUGUGAUAAAGUAGCCUCAAGUCAUCCCAAGAAUAUAUCGUACUGCAGGGAACAGGAUGGCCGCACAGUCCACGCUCCGGUCGAAACAGGACCCCCUCACGACCCUCUUCACCCUCUACGUGGACCGCUUCCGAGUCCGACUACGCCGCUCCACAAAGACAACAAAGCUUAUCGCCACAACCCUACUCUUUUUAUCGAUAAUCGGGUCUGGAUAUGGAGGAUACAACCGGUUCCGGGCAAGGGCCAGAGACCGCGCCCAGGGUAGACGGCUGUUACGUCGGAAUUCGGGCAUUCGCGGCAAGGAUGGCUCUCGCACCAUUUACGUGCCUUAUCGGAAUUCUAUGACCUCCAAGGUCAAGAUCUAUCCGACGAAACCGACAACUUUCGAUGCGCACCGGAGAUUGUUCUUAAAUCCGCCGGCGUCGACUCGUGCCAGCGAUAAAGAGGCAGCAAGUCAGAUCCCGCCUCCAACGACCAAGCCUGGUUUGAACCUUGCCUUCCUUCAUCAGUUCCUCAGUCUUGGGAGUAUUAUGGUUCCCAGAUGGAAUAGCAAGGAGACAGGUCUUUUGAUGAGUCACGGUGUGUUUCUACUACUAAGAACAUAUCUGUCGUUAUUGAUCGCAAGGCUGGAUGGAGAGAUCGUGCGCGAUCUUGUCACGGGCAAAGGACGUGCCUUUAUCUGGGGGAUCUUCAAGUGGUGCGGUAUUGGGACUUUUGCGUCAUACACCAAUGCCAUGAUUAAGUUUCUCCAGGCUAAGGUGGCGAUCGCCUUCAGAACGCGUCUAACGCGAUACAUCCACGACCUUUAUCUUACUGAAAACAGCAAUUAUUACAAACUGAUGAACCUCGAUGGUGGUAUUGGUCAGGGCGCAGACCAGUUCAUCACGCAGGAUCUGACGGUCUUCUGCUCCGCGGCUGCUACGCUGUACUCGUCAAUUGGGAAGCCGUUGGUGGAUCUUUGUGUCUUCAAUUACCAGCUUUACCGCUCCCUAGGACCGCUGGCCCUGACUGGAAUUGGCGCUGCUUAUUUCAGUACGGCCACUAUUCUGCGCAAGCUGUCACCGCCGUUUGGAAAGCUCAAGGCUGUCGAGGGCAAGAAAGAAGGUGACUUCAGAGGGUUACAUUCUCGACUGCUCGCGAAUUCGGAGGAGAUUUCUUUCUACGGUGGCGCAGAUGUAGAACGCUUAUUCUUAACGCGGAGCUUCAAGGACCUUCAGCGAUGGAUGGAGGGUAUAUACAGCCUCAGAAUUCGGUACAAUAUGCUGGAAGAUGUUAUCUUGAAGUACGCUUGGUCCGCCUUCGGAUACCUGGUGUCCUCCUUGCCCGUCUUUCUGCCUGCCUGGGGUGGUCUCGGGGGCGCUAUGGAAAUGGCCGACGUACCGGCAGCAACUGGUCGGGAACGUGGUCGCAUGAAAGAAUUCAUCACCAAUAAGCGUCUGAUGCUCUCCUUGGCCGAUGCCGGAGGCCGGAUGAUGUACAGCAUCAAGGACAUUUCAGAAUUAGCGGGUUACACGUCCCGCGUCUAUACCAUUAUUUCUGCACUGCACCGAGUCCAUUCCAACGCCUACUAUCCUCCCCGGGGGUCUAACGCGGAGCUCUACUCUCUAGCUGAUGCUCAAGGAACCGUUCACAACGGUUUUGACGGGGUUCGGUUGGAACAGGUUCCAGUCGUUGCUCCAUCGCUUUACCCACGCGGGGGUGAUGAGCUCAUCGAGUCAUUGUCGUUCAUCGUCCACUCUGGCGAUCAUCUCCUCAUCUCGGGUGCCAACGGCGUUGGAAAGUCUGCUAUCCCUCGGAUUAUCGCUGGCUUAUGGCCUGUAUACCGCGGGCUGGUCAGUCGUCCUAGGGGAUUUGGACUCGAUGGCAUCAUGUUCCUUCCCCAGCGCCCUUACCUCAGUGUGGGGACUCUACGCGACCAAGUCAUCUAUCCCCACACGGCAAUUGAUAUGCAGGAUCGUGGCACAACAGACGCUGAGCUUCAGGCGAUUCUGGAUGAUGCUCGUCUCGGAUACCUGCCCGCUCGCGAAGGUGGCUGGGACUCCCGCAAGGAAUGGAAAGAUGUCUUUAGUGGCGGCGAGAAGCAGCGAAUGGCCAUUGCAAGACUGCUCUAUCACGAACCACGAUACGCAUUCCUCGAUGAAGGCACGUCAGCCGUAUCGUCGGACGUCGAGGGCUUGCUGUACGAGCAGGCCAAACACCGCGGGAUCACCCUGAUCACAAUCUCCACGCGCGCGUCUUUGAAGAAGUAUCAUAUAUACCACCUGGCACUCGGUCUCGGGGAAGAAGAAGAGAACUGGAGAUUCGAGUUGAUUGGCACAGAGAAAGAGAAGAUGGGCGUUGAGAAGGAAUUGCAGGAGCUACGGAAGCGUCUCGACAAGGUGGACGAGUGGAAGCAGCGGCGAGAGAAUAUUGAGAAGGAGUUGAAUAGGGUCUGGGUUGAGGAUGGAGAGCUUGCUCCACCACCAUAUGAGGAGGAAGUGAAAGAAGAGAAUCAGACGGAGGAAGUUAAUGCAACAGAAGCAUAGGGCUGGUAAUAUCUUUCGGAAGGCACAUUUGUACAUAGAACUUGUUUAUUUGCUUUGUGGGUUUGGCAUUUACAUUACAGCAAUAUUAUACAGCAAUUAC